UAUAAAUACGGGGGUUGAGCUAGUAUCUGACACUUCAGCAGACAAUUGAAGCAGAAGUCUCAAGAAACAUCUCAAGAAAUGGCAAGUUUCACGUUUCAAGUUCUACUCAGCUUGUGUGUUAUUGUGCUGGCCACAGCCGAUGAAGAAUACCACCAUCACCCUCCUCCCCCCACCCCACCUCCCACCACCACCACCCCUCGCACUACCCCCAGACCUGGAUGUCUCCGUGCGAGUGACUGCCCCUACGGGAACUGCUGUCUGCUGAACAAGACGACCAAUCGCGGGGUCUGUAAGCCUCUACAGGCGUCCAGACAAACAUGUUACUGGAGUCAGGUCAACCCACGUCCCGACCCUCUGGCCAUAGUGACCAAGUAUGACCUUUGCCCUUGUGGAUAUGGAAUGGAGUGCACCAAACUUGAAGGCAAACGUCACCCAGUCUUUGGACCCAUCGGUAUAUGCACUUGGGACUAACUGAAGUAUCUCGAUGCCAUUUCAAAAUAUCAAAAUUAUUACAAUACCUGAAGCUUAAUGAACAACUAAAGCAACAUUUUGAUUAAAACUGAAUCUAAGUUUUA